AUGCGGUCUCUUUUCAUUGCUACUUUCGCCACUCUGGCUGCUGCGCAGAGCACUCCGUGGCCUUCCUUCGGCAACUGGACUGAAACCGCUGGUGGCUACGACUUCACCCUGUCAGGUCCCGCAAAGCUUGGCACCAAGGCCGAGUUCGAGCUGGACAGAUGUCACUACGUCUGGAACUUACUCAACGAGCGCACAAACUGCGACGAAAGGGCCCCGAGUGAUGCCACCGAGUGCAUGGACCAGCUCUUCCAGCGCAAGACUGAAAUCGGCGACCAAGGAUUCCUGGACAUCUUCGAGAGAGAGAUCAUUGAAGCCAGGCAGUUCUGGUACGAGGUGAACGACAAGUCCGAGCUGGACAAGCCAGAGACCUGGAAGGCCGUCGAAGCGCGCGCGGUCGUGUCCUUACCCAACAUCACUGCCUGGGCCUUCUCGGCGUGGUCGUCGUCGCCCAGAGCCGACGCGGCCAACAACAGGGAGAACGCGGAGCACUACUUCAAGCACUCGGACUUCACCACCGGCAGCGGCGUCUCGCGCAUUCUCGAGGGGUGGGGCGGCACGAUCACCAACUUCACGAUUCCCAACUACAGCGCUGCGCUGUGUGCUGAGAGAGCCAUGGUUCGGCCGCUGCCGGAGUUUUUGAUCAAGGCGUGUGGCGACAAGAAUCUGGUUGACGGCAAGGAUACCAACUUUGGCGUGCUCAAUAUCGCGGCACGGGAUGUUGAUGGUGCGUCGUUUGGACAGCCUGGGAAGAAGGGCAUCGACAUUUACGCGUCCAUUUGGUAUGGCGGCGCGAUUUCCGAGGAGCACCUUGAGGCGGAGCGGCAGCAUGUGAUCAUUGAGAUUGUAAACAUGAGUCUGAAGGCGCAACAGGAUAUCGAGACUGGCACGUUCACGGUUCCUGCGCCACCGACAUCGUAA